ACUGACAUAGAAGUAGCCUGCAGAUCCCUGCUUGAAAUAGUUGUCAAACAAUAAAUAUUGAACCAUGACGCGUUUUAAAAGUGACGUUUUAUAAAACAGGCUCUUAUUAUGCAGUUUUUUUUUUUUUCGUUCUGGACCAGCAACGUUAUAGGCAGCGCGGUACCGUUUACUUAUACAUGCGCAACACAGUGUUUAAGGGGACCUUGUUUUGUAAGUCUGUGGGUAUUGGGAGUAGCAGUGUCCCUUCGUGUUGAGUGGGGGACGUUUAAAUGUUCGAUAUUCACCUGGAAAAUCUGAAGGGACAAUAAUGGCACUACCACUACACUUGAGCAUUGUUUUAACGUUUUUGAUAUGUGUAUCAUAUAGCUUCGUUUCGUCAGACAGUGGCACACCUUCAGGUGUGGAUUAUAAUACAACUGAAAGUAUUACUCCGACAAAGAGACGAGACUCUGCAACUAAGCCAAAUAUCACCCCGAGCAAUAACAGCACCAGUGCACCCGCCGUCAGACUGACAUCUGCAACUACCGAAAAGUUGCGGACAACUAGACCACCUCAAACGAGCACCAACUACAGUUUUAACACUGAAGAUUUGAAUGAAGGCAUUGACAAGAACGUGGAAAAAAGAUUAUGGAAAAAAGAGUUUGAGGAUGAACCACUUGAAUUAGAGUGCCCUCCUCUGGGGCUGGAGUCUCUCAGGGUGAAGGACACGCAGCUGAGAGCCUCGUCCUACAAGCGCCGUGGGCUCGGCCCUCACCGAGGUCGACUCAACAUCCAGUCGGGACUAGAGGACGGAGAUAUAUAUGAUGGGGCCUGGUGUGCCCAAUAUGAGGACAAGAAACAGUGGCUGGAGGUGGACGCCCUGCGACCCACCCGCUUCACCGGGGUCAUCCUCCAGGGGCGCAGUUCCAUCUGGAGCUGGAACUUCGUGGAGACUUUCAAGGUACAGUUCAGUAAUGACACGCUGGUCUGGAAGUCGGCUAUGAACGGAUCUGAAGAGGCGAUUUUCCAGGGGAACCAGGACACUGAAACCCCAGUGUUGGCCCUGUUUAACGAGUCAUCAACCGUGGCACGUUACAUCCGCAUCAAUCCUCAGACCUGGCACGAGAACGGAACCGUCUGUCUGAGAGCCGAAGUCCUGGGCUGCAAACUACCUGAUCCCAACAACAUCUAUGCUUGGCAGCAGACGGAGCAAAGCUCCCACGACAAGUUGGACUUCAGACAUCACAACUAUAAGGAGAUGAGGAAACUCAUGAAGUCAGUGACUGAGGACUGCCCUGACAUUACACGCAUCUACAGCAUCGGGAAAAGCCAUAUGGGCCUGAAGAUGUACGUCAUGGAGAUAUCAGACAACCCUGGAAAGCAUGAGCUGGGUGAGCCUGAAUUCCGCUAUGUAGCAGGAAUGCAUGGGAAUGAAGUUCUGGGCCGGGAGCUGUUGCUUAACCUUAUGCAGUACAUCUGCCAGGAAUACAAACAGGGCGACCAGCGCAUCGUCCGGCUGGUCAAAGAGACACGCAUCCACCUGCUGCCUUCGAUGAACCCAGACGGUUACGAAAUGGCCUACAAGAAGGGAUCCGAGUUGGCAGGGUGGGCGCUUGGCCGUUAUAGCUACGAAGGCAUCGACAUGAACCACAACUUUGCUGACCUGAACAAAGUCAUGUGGGAUGCUAUAGAAUACGACUUCCAGAAUAAUGAUAAGUCCAAGCUCAUCAACCACUACAUCCCGAUUCCAGAGUAUUACACUUCGGAGGACGCAUUUGUGGCCUUGGAGACGCGCGCCGUCAUCAACUGGAUGCAGAACAUCCCAUUCGUACUGAGCGCCAACCUGCACGGCGGGGAACUGGUGGUCACCUACCCCUUCGACAGGACCGAAGACUGGGCGCCCCGCGAUGACACACCCACACCCGAUAAUAGCUUCUUCCGCUGGCUGGCCACAGUGUAUGCCAGCACCAACCAGGCCAUGUCGAAUCCCGACCGCCGACCCUGUCACAAUGAAAACUUCCAGCGCUACAACAACAUCAUCAACGGCGCCAACUGGCACACAGUUCCAGGAAGCAUGAAUGACUUCAGCUAUCUGCACACCAACUGCUUCGACGUGACGGUGGAGCUGUCCUGCGACAAGUUCCCCCAUGCUAGUGAGCUGCCCACUGAGUGGAUGAACAACCGAGAGUCUCUACUGGUCUACAUGGAGCAGGUCCACAGAGGAAUCAAGGGGGUGGUCAGAGACAAAGACACGGAGGCCGGCAUCGCGGACGCUGUGAUCAAAGUGGAUGACAUCGACCACCACGUUAGAUCAGUCGCUGAUGGGGACUACUGGCGCCUGCUAAACCCCGGAGAGUAUGAAGUCACCGCAAGCGCAGAGGGCUACAACCCGUCCACGCGCCGGUGCCAGGUUAUGUAUGACCACUACCCCACCGUGUGUGACUUCCGCCUCACCAAGACCCCCAGACAGAGGCUGAAGGAGAUGCUGGCCAAGGGGAUCAAGCCUCCCAAAGACCUGCAGAUUAGACUGCGGCAGCUGCGUCUGCGAAAGCUGAGAGCAAGCACCAAAACAAUAAACCGCAGGCGUGCGGCUGCUAGCAGGAGGGUACGCAGUCUGGGAUCUUGACCUCGAGUUCUGUCAACCACAACACACAAUGUCUGGGAAAUGCUUUUAUUACAUUGUGAUGAAACUUCCUGGUAUAAGUCAGAGUGUGCGUUUUUUUAGGGCGAGGUUACUAAAGGUCAGAACAAGAAAUGUCAUGGGGACAUUUUCCUGAAUUGCAUUUUCCUUCCAGUAAGGUUUAGUGAUUUAUUGCUGAAAGAAAUGUGCUUUUAUUUACAUAUUAUAAUCCAAUUUUACAAAAUAAAUGCAAGACGAAUUUGGCAUAGACUUUUAAACUUUGAAGCUUGAAGGUUUUUGUUCCAUCUGGCACCAUUUUGACAUUGGUCUUCCUUUAUUGUAGAAUGUCGUACAUUUAUAUGUUAAUACAGAAAACACCACGUAUUUGGUUUAACCAUUUAUUUUAGAACUUAUGUACAGCAAUGUACAUACUAUGUCUUGUUAUUGGGUUCUGCUACCCUGGGGUACGUUAGUGCCAUCACUAAACCAUGUCUACAAUACUACCAACAAUAACAUCAGUGUAAUAUUGGUAACAUCAAUCCCCAAUGAGUUCCCCAAACGGGUUCAAUCUGACAUUGUGAUCGGAGCGAUCCGACAUUAGCUGAUGCGUCGCUGACCAAUUCCCACCUGGGCUUCAUGGCUGAACUGACCACUCUAAUAAAGUACACAAUUCUUGAAUGUGGACAUCACAUUGGAAUUCCCCCUGCG